ACUUUAAGGCCAGAAGGAUCCAUCGAGAUCAUCUGGUCUGACCAACUGCACAUUGCAGGCCACAGAGCCUCCCCCGCCCACUCCUGUAGCAGACCCCAGCCUCCGGCUGAGUCACUGACAUCCUCAAAUCAUGGGCUACAGACUUCAAGUUACAGAGAAUCCACCACUGACACUAGUUGAAACUUGACAGUGCCCCGCGCCCAGGCCACAGACGAAGGUGAACUCCCCCACCCCCCGGUCACUGCCAAUCUGACCCGGGGGGGGGGGAAUUCGUUCCUGACCCCAGAUACGUGACCUGAGCAUGUGGGCAAGACCCUCCAGCCAGACACCUGGGAACGGAUUCUCUGUAGUCACUCAGAGCCCUCCCCAGCGAGUGUCCCGUCUCCGGCCAUUGGAGAGAUUUGCUGCUAGCAGUCGUGGAUCGGCUCCAUUCCAUUGUGGGAUGUCUCCUCCUCCCGUCCCCUCCAGAAACAUCUCAAGCUCAGACUUGAAGCCAGUGAGGUCCCUUGGGAGGCUGCUCCAGAACUUCUCUCCUCUGACAGUUGGGCCUUGUCUACACUACAGAGUGUUGUCCACAAAAGGUGCCAUGAUAACAUCGCUAUUGCAUGUUCCCACUGCACUUCCUCUGCCGGCAGAGCGUGUCCACCUUUGGUGCUCCACCGUUGACAGCGAGAGCAGUGCAUUGUGGGUAGCUGUCCCACCGUGCUACUCGGCACCUUUGGCAGCUAGGACUUGUGGGCAGGCGGGCGCAUCGCAGCGCGUCAUGGGGGUGGGCUCAACAUCCCAUGGGGCCUUAUUUUCUGUCCCAGCAUCCCACGCUGUUCCGACUGCGUUUCACGGCAUUUUCCAGCGGCCCCUGUUCCCGGUGCGCCCACCAUCCCUGUGCGAAAGGAUGGAUCCCGCCCGGCUCUCCACUGCUGUGAACGCAGCGUGGCUGGUCAGGCAGUAUGUCACGAGCUCCCAGUCUGGACAGGUAUCAGAGCUGCCUGAGAGGCUGGGUGCCAUGGGAAGAAACACCAGCUUCCUUCUGACAUCGCGGGGCAGCUGCACAUGGCGGAGUGUUGCUUUGGGGCUCGGGAAACGAGCGCUGAGUGUUACCAGUCGCCCGGUCUGGGAUGACGAGUCGCGGCUACAGAAUGUUCGGAUGUGGGAAGCUUCCUUCCUGGACUUGUGUGCGGAGCUCACCCCAGCCCUGCGGCGCAAGGACACCCAAAUGAGAAUAGCCUCUCGUGGAGAAGUGCCCGGCGACUGCUGUGUGGAUGCUGGUGACUCAAGACUGCUACUGGUCAGUUGGAAUCAGCUGGGAGAGGGAAAGUCGACCGGGGGUGUCCCGUUAACACAAGUGCACAGAGCCAUUAAUUGCAUCUCGCUACGAAGGACCGUGACUCUCGGCAAUGAGCGUGAAACAACAGAUAGGCUUUGCGACAAUGGGAUUCUCUAACUGCGGCAUGGCAUGGCAAUAGAUGGAACACAUGUUCCAAUUUUGGCCCCGGACGAUCUUACUCCCAUCGACUCAUGAAGCCUUAGAUGGGAACCCUGAACAGCAGCAAGGAGCACUUCAAGAAUGGGCUGAGCAGGUGCAGAAUGACCGUGGAAUGUGUCUUUGGCAGAUUAAAAGCGCGCUGGUGAUGCUUUUAUGGCAGAUUAGACCUAAGUGAGGAAAACAUCGCCAUGGUCAUAGCAGCCUGAUGCAUUCUCCAUAAUCUAUGUGAGACUAAUGGUGAAAAGUUUGCCCAGGGGUGGAGCGCUGAGGCAGAUCACCUGGCUGCUGAUUUUGAGCAGCCUGAUACCUGGGCUAUUGUAGGGAGACAUAAGGGGGGGUAAUUCAAGUUAGGGAGGCUUUGAGGGAAUAUUUUGAUAAUGAGCACCAGUAAUGUGUGUUUCUCUGCAGCAAUCUGCCAUGAUUCAUUAAUUUGAGUUUUCUGAUUUUGCCUAACAUUUGCGAUGCAUCCUGAGCGGGAUUUACAGAAAGCAAAUGAUUCAACUGCAUGUCCCAGCAGUAAUCACCACGUGUAGGACACAAAUAAAGUUUGGUUCUCUUUCA